CCGAGUCGGGAAGCUGCCGCGUGGUGAGGGGCACAAUACGGCUGCCCAAUAUCAACUGGUUAAAAUCAGCGAGGAAUGCGAAGAGAUCUUCACCCAGUUCCAAGAAGCACUGUACCAGCUGGAAAAGCGAGAUUUGCUCUCGGGAAGGGAGGGAAAGCAGAAGGAGCAUCCGAAGUCUAGGCUGAAGAUGGCGCGGGGUAACAUACGAAGGGCACUGGGAAGUGUAUGGAACGCCCCGAAGACAGACAGCAUGAUUAAAAAGUUGGAGAAGACCAAGGGUCGUAUGAUGACUGCGACACUGUUUUGUCUUUGGUAAAAACCACUCAUAGCACCAAGUUUGCCUCCGUGACUGACGGACUUACGGGGACGAAUCGAAGCGAAGCGAGCAACGAGAUAUCAAAUUCGGCGAAAGGCUGGACGAUAUGAUUGACAUGCUUAGACGGCUUGAUGAACGAGUGGAUAAGACUCCGCGUGGACCGAUGAAUGAGCCCCAAAGUAAAAGCUAUAACAGUUCCAUGUUGGACGCUGGGAGCAAAUCAAUCACAGAAACUGUAAUCGAGGCAUUGAAUGAUGGGAGGUCCCCAGAGACUAUACGCAUUCAUGAGGAAUUGGUCGACUGCCUAUGGAAUCAACAGCAGCGUCCAGGACAACGUAAUUGGAACGAGGGAGAGCCAGAAGGUCGAACCGGACUAUCAGAGAAGAUCAAAACCUCGUUUCAAAAAGCCAUCGUCCACAGUCUUGUUUUUGAAACCAUCCAAGGACGAGAAGGAGCCAUUCCCAAGGCUUUUGAGAGAACUUAUUCCUGGAUUUUUCAAAGAGAGCCUGGAGAACUCGAUGGCAAACAGCUUUGGUCGAGCUUCCCGGAUUGGUUGGAAAACUCCACAGAUCAGCCAUACUGGAUAACUGGAAAGCCCGGAUCAGGUAAAUCAACAUUGAUGAAGUACAUUCUUCAGCAUCGUUUGUUGAAGCCACACUUGCAAAAAUGGGCAGAUAAUUUUGCUUUGUUGAUCACAAGUUACUACGCUUGGGUCGCCGGAUCUGAUCUCCAGAAAUCUUGUGAAGGUCUUGUGAGAACUCUCUUGUACCAAGUCUUACAAUUAAAUCCGUCGUUGGUUCCGGAAGUCGCUCCCAGGCGCUGGUCAUUAUUCCUAACUCUCCGGAGAGUCACGAAGAUGCCACCGUGGCAACGGUGGGAGUUAGAAGAAUCGUUUGAAGUUCUUCUCUCGAAGUGUGGCAGAACAAUGAGGCUUGCCCUCUUCAUCGAUGGACUCGACGAAUUUGAAUCACCACCACUCCAAGUUCUAGAAUUGAUCCAGCAUAUCAAUGACAGGAACGGAAUAAAAGUUUGUGUUGCCAGUCGACAAUGGACUGAGUUCAAUGAUGCCUUCAAUCUGAAUCCAAUGCUUCGCAUGCAGGAGCUUACAACUGCAGAUAUGGCUCAUUUCGUUGGGGUCAAGUUCGAGGGCAAUAGGGGCUUCCUGGAACUAAAGACCAUAUUUCCUACCGAGACUGCCCGUCUUGUUGGAGAUGUAGUGAGAAAGGCAGACGGGGUAUUCCUCUGGGUAUCUUUGGUGGUAAAGUCACUGCUUGAGGCUCUCACAGAAGGCGAUGGGUUGGUAGAACUCCAGGAAACUGUAGACCAACUUCCUAUCGACAUAGCACAGCUCUAUGAUGCUAUUUUGUCUCGAAUAAGCAGCCGCAACGUCACAGCAUCCUCAAAACUACUUGUCACAUUUAAGACCGCUGUAGGGCCGCUCAGCUAUCUGACGCUGUGGCUAUCUGACGAAAAGCAGUCCCUGAAUUGCGACAUCAAUUCUCUUUUUCCACAUGCCAGAAGUGGCAUUGUGGACAUCAUGAAACGGCGAUUGGACAGUAAGACUCGGGGUAUUCUGGAAAUCUCACCGGACGGAACAGUCAAUUUUCUUCAUCGAACUGCGAGAGACUGGGCAUUGCAACCUUCAGUAUGGGAAGGCAUCUGCUCCAGGUUACCGGAAGGGUUCGAUCCGUAUCUCCUGCUCCUCAGAGCAGAAACUAUCAGAUUACCAGAGAAGGCCAAUCUGCGUAGCAACAGCAUGGGACUAUCAUGGGACAUGCUCAACAAGUCAAUAUGGUACGCGUCGCAGGUUGAGGAUUCGCCAACAAAUGCCUCUGAACUUGUGCGGGUCCUUAGCAAGCUGAACAGUGAAGCUAGCGACAUUGCAGAGCCAUACUUGCAACACGAAGGAUCUGUAAUGAGUUUUUAUUGGCCAUCCACCCAGGAAGCCACUCAGGGGAUUCGUGCUCGGGGAAAUACGUUUCUUGGACUUAUGUCGCAAUUCUGCGUUCUGCCAUACUUGAAAGUGAAGCUUGAGCCGGAACAAAACGCUACCAAACUCAAACUAAGAAAGAACUGUACCUCACUCCUGGAGAAUGCUGUAUUUGGCUAUCCUGGCAUCAACGAUCCCUCAGUUUCAAGUUCGUAUCGUAUUUCGUCUAGCCAGAGGCUUGAGACCGUGUCUUUUCUGUUGGAAAGAGGUUUUUCUCCUAAGGAAGUUAUGCUUAACGGCAACGUGAUCAUUAACGAAGUGCGAAAGAGGAGGGAGAAGGAGAGAUACUCGGAAUCGAGGGAAUAUUGGGCCGAGGUUGAGAAACUUCUGGGUGCGAGACUUGGGUCGAAGUGGCGCCUCAAGUCUCUCUUUGGGCGCAAAAAUGAUUCAUAAAUCUAAUCCAAACAUGUUAAUUAACGGGCGAAAAUGCUUCUUAUCCACAGGAAUAACUUUUCGAAUUGUC